AUGUCAUCGCUUCUUAGUCGCCCGCUUGUUUCUGGUCACGAUCUGUGGGUUGCACAAGCUUGUGACCGGCCAUCCUUGAUCUAUCGACUUCAUUACACUGUGGAAAGUGACGGUUCUCGACGGGAUUGCGAUCAAGUGUCGAUAAGCAUUAUGGAGAAGGGCAGUGCGCAUUCUUCCGACAUGUCUGCUGGCUGGGAACGCGUCUCGGAUAAUUCGCAGUCCGGUGAGAGCAUGUCUUCGAACGACCAACCCUGGUGGAAAGAACAGGAAGAAAUAGUUAUUUCUGGUGUAUCCGGACGCUUCCCACGAUGCGAAAACGUGAAUGAGUUUGGAGAUCUGUUGCUUCAAGGUGAAGAUCUCAUCACGGAAGACGAUCUCAGGUGGCCCCCUGGCUUCUAUGAUCUCCCAAAACGACAUGGCAAACUCAAGGAUCUCAAAAAGUUCGAUGCCCAGUUCUUCUCUGUGACUCCCAAGCAAGCAAACUUUAUGGAUCCUCAAGUCCGCAUUCUUCUUGAAGUCGCUUGGGAGGCUAUGGUCGAUGCCGGUAUUAACCCGGUUGACCUCCGCGGCUCUCGCACUGGAGUGUUCGUAGGUUGUUCCGCUUCGGAAACCUCCGGUGCUCUCACACAAGAUCCGGAAACAGUCACCGGUUACACGCUGACUGGAUGCGUGCGGUCAAUGUUUUCGAACCGUAUUUCGUACACGUUCGAUCUACAGGGACCGUCAUUCUCAGUUGACACAGCUUGUUCCAGUUCUUUGCUGGCUCUUCAGCUAGCUAUUGAUGCUAUACGGCAGAAGCAGUGUGACGCAGCUAUUGUGGCAGGGGCUCACUUGACACUGACUCCAACAGCAGCACUCCAAUUCCUUCGCCUUGGAAUGCUCACAGAAAAAGGCAGUUGCCGUUCAUUCGAUGAUUCUGGCGACGGCUACUGCCGUACGGAAGGAGUAGCCGCCAUCUUUAUUCAACGUAAAUCGAAAGCAAGUCGCAUUUAUGCCACCGUGCUCCACGCAAAAUCAAAUACUGACGGUUACAAGGAGCAAGGUAUCACAUUCCCAUCUGGUGAACGUCAAGCUCAACUAUUAGAAGAAGUAUACAAUGAAGCUGGAGUGGAUCCCAACAGUGUUUACUACGUGGAAACCCACGGGACGGGAACAAAAGUAGGAGAUCCUCAGGAAGCGAACGCUAUAUGUCAAGUUUUCUGUGCGAAUCGCAAACAACCACUUCUUAUUGGAUCUGUCAAAUCCAACAUGGGUCACGCAGAACCAGCAUCUGGUCUCUGUUCUAUCGCAAAAGUCCUCGUCGCUAUAGAACGCAAAAUGAUACCACCUAAUCUUCAUUUCAAUACUCCAAACCAAUAUAUUCCUGGUCUUACUGAUGGUCGAUUGAAAGUAGUUACUGAACCGACACCUCUACCUGGAGGUGUUAUCGGUAUCAAUUCAUUCGGGUUCGGUGGUUCUAACACUCAUGUUAUUCUCAAGGCCGCCGAUCACACUUCUCCUGCACUUAGUGAUGUCCCGUUCACAAAGAUUCUAACAUACUGCGGUCGCACUCAGGAUGCCGUACAACACGUCUUUAGUGCUGUUGAGAAUAACGUCAAUGACGGAUAUCUCCAAGCUCUUCUUGCUAAACAAGCAAAUUUACCGGCAAAAGACACACCAUUUAGAGGAUAUAUGCUCAUCAACAGGGGACGCGAUCAACCACCACUUAAGGAUGUACAGAAGGUGUCAAUCACGGAACCUCGUCCAAUCUACUUCAUCUACUCUGGUAUGGGAUCACAAUGGCCUGGUAUGGCUCAGAACCUCAUGAUGAUCCCUAUAUUCGACGAAUCUCUACGUGCAUCAAGCAAAACUCUAGAAGAAUUCGGACUAGAUGUAUAUGGUAUGCUGUGCAACUCUGAUCCAGCACAAUACCAGAACAAUACUCUGAACUGUAUGCUUGCCAUCACUGCAAUUCAGAUAGCACUAACAGAUUUGCUGUUCUCUCUUGGAGUAACGCCAGACGGUAUUAUCGGUCACUCCACCGGAGAGAUGGGAUGUGGAUACGCCGAUGGAGGCAUCACCCGUGAACAAACGAUGCGCCUUGCUUACCAUCGUGGCACAACCAUGAUGAAACACAAAGAGAUCAAAGGAAGAAUGGCAGCUGUGGGACUCACAUGGGAAGAAGCGCGCGCUCAAUGUCCAGAAGGCGUUGUUCCCGCAUGCCACAAUGGAGCCGAUUCCGUUACCAUCUCAGGGGAUGGUGAGAAGGUGCUAGAAUUCUGUGAGCAGCUGAAGGAGAAAGGAAUCUUUGCCAAGGCUGUGGACUCGUCCGGCAUUCCUUUUCAUUCUCCAAUGAUGGCACGUGUCAAGGAACCUAUGCUUCAAGCGAUGCGUACAGCUGUACCAGAGCCAAAGCCUCGAUCGUCGCGAUGGAUUUCUACAUCCAUUCCUGAGAAGGAUUGGGAAAGUGAGCUAGCGAGCACUUGUUCUGCUGACUACCACGUGAACAAUGCAAUAUCUCCUGUACUGUUCUACGAAGCGCUCCAGAAGAUUCCACCAAGUGCGGUAACUAUCGAGAUGGCUCCCCAUUCUCUGAUGCAAGCCAUCUUACGUCGCUCUCUUCAAAAGACAGUCAGCAACAUAGGUCUUAUGAACAAACCAAAAACAGAGAACGAAGACGAAUUGGAGACAUUCCUUCAGUCUCUCGGCAAGAUCUAUCAAGCAGGCGUUAACAUUCGCGUUGAGGAUUUGUAUCCAGGUGACUGGCCGGUCAUCGACGGACGUCAUAUGGCUGCGGCAGGAGGUGGCGGACUAGCUGUCUCUGCUUCAUACCAUAUCGACCCCUUCGCAGCUGAUUCUAAAGAAUCCUACCUUCUCGAUCACUGCAUUGAUGGUCGUGUAUUGUACCCAUUCACCGGAUACCUGGUGCUAGCAUGGAAGACAUUAGCUAAACUGAAUGGUGUCGACUUCCAGAAAACUGCUGUAAUAUUCGAGAACAUUAAUGUUUAUUCAGCCACGAUUUUAACGAAGCCAAUAAAGCUUGAUUGUGUAGUAACUCCUGGGAACGGGAUGUUUGAAAUCUUAUCCGAAGAACAAGUGGCCGCCUCUGGAAGGAUUUAUAUUCCUGAAGAAAAUCAACCAUUUUAUUACGGCAAGCUUAGCGAUAUUCGCACAUCAGAGACUGCUGACAGAAUCGAACUUGACACAGAGGAUGCUUACAAGGAGUUCCUCUUGCGAGGAUACGAAUAUGGACAAGCAUUCCGUGGGAUCUACAAGACAUGUAAUUCUGGUGAGCGAGGUUACCUGUACUGGACGGGCAACUGGGUGACGUUCCUCGAUUCACUUCUACAAACCGCCUUACUUGCUGAGCGAGCUGACACUCUUCGGCUUCCUACUCGAGUUCGCCACCUUCGCAUUGAUCCGGUGAAGCACCUUGAGCAUCUCAUAGAAAAAGACGGGAUCCAGGUCUUCGAACUACGAAAUGAUCAUGCUACCAAUGGAUGCAUUGCCGGGGGUGUCGAGUGUUGCGACCUUACGGCUCACACCGUUUCUCGUCGUCUGCAGACAUCGGGACAGUUAUAUCAUGAGCGUAUCUUCUUCGUAUCCAACUUCGAUGAUGCAUGUCUGAAAAUGCUUCCAAAAGAUAAGGACUUCCUUACUCAAUACGCCAAUGUGCUGAAAUUCGUCGUUGCUCGUGGUUUGGGCAAAUGGGAUAAACUUGGAGUCUUGAAGAAGAUGACAAACGGUGCUCCACUCAAAGUUGCAAUGAAUACUCUGAAGCCUUAUGGAGAAAAAGAAAUCGCCGAGUCUUCCAUGCGCACAUACCUUGAUGAUAGCAGAUGCCCGAUUCUACAUUCUCUUAAUGAAGUCUUUGCUCUGAGCUACACAGAGAAUAUGAUCGUCUCGGAUUUCGAGGAGCUUGUUGUGAACAAGCUAAAAAGUGUGAGAGCUGUAUUUGACUGCGAUCGUCUGUGGGCAGCAGCGCUACUCGAGGAACGAGUCAUUAAAACUGUCCAGGAUAUCUGUAUCGAGAACUCAGCCGGUCACAAUUCUAAGAUGUGCGCCGUUGAGCUCAACUCAUUCGAACAACUUAAGCAGUGCGUCGAAGCGAACCUGUCUCAUCCUCUUCUUGAGGUGGAGUACCUGUGUGUUGGCCCGAACGUUGACCAAUUAGACGACAACUCCUUGGAGCAGAUUGGUGCUCGAAAAGUUCGUUUGAACAUUGACGAAACCUUCACCGGACACAAUGAUGCUAAAAACAUGGAUUACCUUGUUGUCGACAAAGUUCUGAACAGAAAAGCAGACCCCGUUGCUUAUUUAAGUGCUUGCAAGCACCUACUGCGGGACGAUGGUUUCAUUAUUCUCAUUGAAGUCACUUCUGACUACGAGUUAGCAUGUGUCAUUCAAGGCAUGCUUGGCCAAGAAAUUGCCGUCGCAGAAAAUCGUAAAUUUGGUACAUACUUUACCCACGAGGAACUGUUGAAAUUGUUCACGGAAGCCGGCUACAAACUUUGCAUCUAUCAACGUGAUCCAUCACUUAUGACAACUGCUUAUGUGAUUCGUAAAACGCCCAGUGUACCUCGUGAUCCUGUUUUCAUUGAUGUCGAUGACGUCAAGGAGUUCACUUGGAUAGAGCCUCUGCAAAAAGUUAUUGAAGAACGUCUCAACGAACCUGAUAGCAAAACGAUUUGGCUCACAAAUACCAAGGUUCGAAACAACGGUGUCGUCGGCCUGGCUCUUUGUUUCGUGGAAGAGAAUCUAAAGUCAAAUCGAUUCCGUUCGAUUAUUGACAUGUCUUUGAAUAAGCAACUUCGUGAAGGACCUCCGCAAGUGAAGCUGGAUGACCCGAAAAUCAAGGAGUUAUUAGAUCUUGACUUACAUGCGAACAACUACAGAGACGGUCUUUGGGGUUCGCUACGUCACUUUGUUGUAAAAGAUGAGGACGCACAUACUUUCAAAGAUUGUCAGCAUGCCUUUAUUAAUACACUCACUCGUGGAGAUGUUUCAUCUCUUACAUGGUUUGAGUCACCAAAUCAGUAUUUUGACGCCAUCGAGGGCAAGAAAGGAACACACGAACUUUGUUCCGUGUACUACGCUGCCAUCAACUUUCGCGACGUCAUGCUAGCGUAUGGUCGACUUCCUCCGGAUGCUAUACCUGGAAAUUUUGCUGACCGUGAAUGUCUUCUUGGAAUGGAGUUCUCCGGAAAGUUAAAAGAUGGUACUCGUCUCAUGGGUAUUCUGCCAGCUCAGGCCUUAGCAACAACGGUUGUCGUUGACCGCGAAUAUGCUUGGGAAGUGCCAGAAGCGUGGAGUUUGGCAGAAGCAUCUACCGUACCUGUUGUGUACACAACCGCAUACUACGCACUUGUAUGUCGUGGACGCAUAAGGAAGGGUGAACGAGUGCUGAUCCACGGAGGAGCAGGAGGUGUAGGACAAGCUGCCAUUGCAAUUGCGCUCUCAUAUAACUGUGAAGUUUUUACUACUGUUGGGUCGCGGGACAAGCGGGAUUAUCUGAAAAACAAGUUCCCACAGCUUCAAGAACACCAUUUCGCUAAUUCCCGUUCUGCUGAUUUUGAGCUCCACAUUCGCCAACAUACCAAGGGACGAGGCGUAAACAUUGUUUUGAACUCUCUCGCGCAUGAGAUGCUGCAAGCAUCUCUUCGAUGUUUGGCUCGUCAUGGAAGAUUCCUCGAGAUCGGAAAAGUUGAUCUCGCUCAGAAUUCUUCUCUCGGGAUGUCGAAACUACUCGAUAACGUUUCCAUUCAUGGGAUUCUUUUGGACUCGAUUAUGGAUCCUACUGUUGGAGAUGUAGAUGAGUGGAAAGAAGUUGCUGCACUUCUUGAAGUUGGAAUCAAGAGUGGAGUUGUACAGCCACUUCCAGCUUCCUUAUUCUCUUCCGACAAAGCAGAAGACGCCUUCAGGUUUAUGUCUGCUGGAAGACACAUUGGAAAAGUAGUAAUGGAAAUUCGUCAAGAAGAGGAACAACGUAAUUGCCCACCUUCACCGAUCGCUGUCCGUGCUAUAUGUCGCACCUUAUGCCAUCCUCAGCACGUUUACCUCAUCACUGGUGGUCUCGGUGGAUUCGGAUUGGAAUUAGCCCAAUGGCUCAUCAACCGCGGAGCAAGAAAGCUUGUUCUCACGUCUCGCUCAGGUAUCCGCACAGGAUAUCAAGCGCGAUGUGUUCACUUCUGGAGAAGAACGGGAAUUUCAGUGCUCAUUUCCACACUGAACAUUGCCAAGCGGUCAGACGCGGAUGAACUGGUCCGCCAGUGCUUGUCGAUGGGCCGCUUGGGUGGUGUUUUCCACCUUGCCAUGGUUCUCCGCGAUUGUUUGUUCGAGAAUCAAAACGUGCAAAACUUUAAGGAUGCGGCGGAGGCGAAGUACUAUGGAACUAUCAAUCUUGAUUAUGCAACUCGCACCCUAUGUGGUGAAUCACUGCGAUGGUUUGUUGUGUUCUCGUCCAUCACCUCAGGGCGAGGUAAUGCCGGACAAACAAACUACGGUUGGUCCAACUCCACAAUGGAGCGCAUGAUCGAGCAACGCCGCGAAGACGGUUAUCCGGGAAUUGCUAUUCAAUGGGGAGCCAUAGGAGAUGUUGGAGUUAUCCUUGAAAAUAUGGGAGAUAACAACACUGUCGUCGGUGGAACUCUUCCGCAAAGGAUGCCGUCUUGCCUUGCUUCACUGGAUAUGUUUUUGUCUUGGAACCAUGCCAUCGUUUCAUCUUACAUAAAGGCUGAUAUGGGACAGAAAAAAGCAGCUGGUGGCGGCAACCUCCUUCAGACUAUUGCACAUAUUCUUGGAGUAAAUGACGUUUCUCAAUUGAAUCCUGACGCGAAUCUUGGUGAUCUCGGACUGGACUCAUUGAUGGGUGUUGAAAUCAAACAAGCACUGGAAAGGGACUAUGAUAUUGUUCUUUCGAUGAAGGAUAUUCGUACACUCACCCUCAACAAACUGCAACAACUGGCAGAAAGUGGUGGCGAAGGCUCUACUGCUUUGCAAACGACUGAACUGGAUAUGAAACUGGAAACUGAACGUGACGCCGAGCAAAACACUGUUGAAAUGCUUGAGAAACAAAUGAACCAACUAUUCAAGAUGAGAGUGGACGUUAAUGAUCUCGAUCCUCAAGAAAUAAUUCUUAAAUGUAACAAGGUUGAGGAAGGACCUAUCACGUUUUUCGUACAUUCGAUUGAGGGUAUUGCUACACCUUUGAAACGAGUCAUGACCAAGUGUGCUUUUCCUGUUUACUGCUUCCAAUCCACUAAAGACGUCCCGCAAGAUUCUAUUGAAAGUGUUGCACAAUGCUAUAUCAAAGAGAUGAAGAAGAUCCAACCAGAAGGUCCGUACCGAAUCGUAGGUUACUCGUAUGGAGCAUGUAUCGGAUUUGAAAUGGCAACGAUGUUGCAAGAAUCCGACGGGGCGACAGCUGUCGAACGGCUAAUACUUCUCGACGGAUCUCACUUGUAUAUGCAGACAUAUAGAAAUGUGUACCGAAUGGCAUUCGGUGUCACUGGAGAUACGCUUGUGAACAAUCCACUAUUUGAAUCAGAGAUUAUGUGUGCUAUGACUCUGCGGUUUGCAAAUGUCGACUAUAAGAAAUUCCGUGUUGAACUGCUUCAGCAACCCGGAUUCAAGGCACGGAUACAAAAGGUUGUCGACACUGUGAUGACUACAGGUCUUUUUAAAUCACCAGAAACUAUCGCCUUCGCAUGUGAAGCAAUGCGGUCGAAGUUUUUGAUGGCAGACAAAUAUAAGCCUGAACGUAAGUUCGCCGGACAUAUCACCCUUGUGCGAGCAGAGCAAGGGGCAGCCCGUGAGGAGGACGUUGGCCACGACUACGGUAUCAGCCAGGUGUCCGACGAGUCGAAAGUUUUGCGAUGGUCCCAACUCUGCUACAACGGCUGCCUCUACCGCACCGUUUCGAGCGCAGUUUCUAAAUUCUCACGUACAAAGCUUGCUGAUACAGUAGUAGAGAAGUGCAUAAGAUAUAACCCUAAACGUAAGUUCGUAGAAAGUUACUCUUGUGCGAGUAGAGGUCUUCCAAAUGUUGACUAUAAGAAGUUCCGUGUUGAAUUGCUCCAGCAACUCGGAUUUAAGGCACGUAUACAAACGGUUGUCGACAGUGUGAUGACGACAGAUCCUUUCAAAUCACCAGAAACUUUCGCCUUCGCAUGUGAAGCAAUCAAAGUCUCAAGAUCUAUAGUCUUCUAUCGUGAACGAAAACCGCUAUGGAAUCUGACCUCACCCACCAUAAUCGUUUGA